AUGCACGCCCCGGGUCCCCAGUCACACCCAGACCGGCCCCCCGCCGCGCGCAGCGGAAGCGCGCAGUGGCUGGCAGCUGGGCCCCGGCCCAGGCCAGCGCGCGCCCGGCCCGGCGGAGACAGGCCGAGCGCGCGCGCGCGCUCCCCAGGGCGGCCUGCCCCCCCUCCAGCCCCCGCCCGCGUCGGCUCCGGGCUCGCGCCGCCGCCGCCGCCGCCGCCGCUGCGCGCGCGCAGCUCUUGCAAAGAAGGGGAAAAAGGGGGAAAAAUAGAAAGCGGCGCCAGCAGCAAGCGAUCGGCGGCCGCGCGGGGCCGGGGCUGGGGCCGGGCGGGAGCAGCCAGCAGUGAAAAGCGAGAGCGGGCGGCGGGCAGUGGGCAGCGGGCGGGCGCGGGAGGGAGGCCAGGCCGCGGCCGCCGCUUCCCCGGGCCUGAGCCGGGCCUGAGCCUGGGUCGGGCCGAGGCCGAGGCCAGGGCCGAGGAGCAGACGGCGGUGGCCAUCGCCAGCGUCCAGCAGGCGGCGUUCGGAGAGCACAACAUCCAGUACCAGUUCCGCACAGAGAAUAAUGGAGGACAGGUAACAUACAGAGUGGUCCAGGUGACGGAUGGCCAGCUGGAUGGCCAGGGAGACACCACGGGGGCUGUCAGCGUGGUGUCCACAGCCGCCUUCACAGGGGGGCAGCAGGCUGUGGCACAGGCUGUGAUCCAGAACCCUUUCAGCAAUGGGGGCAGCCCAGCAGCUGAGGCAGUCAGUGGGGAGGCCCGCUUUGCCUACUUUCCAGCAUCCAGCGUGGGUGAUGCCACAGCAGUGUCAGUGCAGACCACAGACCAGAGCCUACAGGCAGGAGGCCAGUUCUAUGUGAUGAUGACACCCCAAGAUGUGCUUCAGACGGGAACGCAGAGAACUAUUGCCCCUCGGACCCACCCGUAUUCUCCGAAAAUGGAUGGGACAAGAACUCCCCGAGAUGAGAGGAGGAGAGCCCAGCACAAUGAAGUGGAGAGGAGGCGAAGGGACAAGAUUAACAACUGGAUCGUCCAGCUCUCCAAAAUCAUUCCAGACUGUAACACUGACAACAGCAAGACAGGAGCGAGUAAGGGAGGGAUUCUGUCCAAGGCCUGUGACUAUAUCCGGGAACUCCGCCAGACCAACCAGAGAAUGCAGGAGACUUUCAAGGAGGCCGAGAGGCUGCAGAUGGACAACGAGCUCCUGAGGCAGCAGAUAGAGGAACUCAAGAAUGAGAACGCAUUGCUUCGAGCCCAGCUGCAGCAACAUGGCCUGGAGAUUGUCGGAGAGACGUCCCGGCAGUGACACCCCUUCCUGCCCUCUUCCCUGGGGUCUUUGCCACCCCUGUCCCAACCCUUAGCACAGAGAGGGAGAGAGUCUGCCCCCUCCCCCAGCUGCAUUUUUUAUAGUAGAUUUUUAACAAAAAUGGGGAGAAAAAAGCAUUUCCAUGAAUACAGCACCCCACCCCCAACAAAAACCACCCUACCCACCACGUCCACCUUCUCCCAUCUCUGUGUGUUGUCUCUGACUCUCUCCCUUUUCCUCUACCCCAAUUUCUCCACUUUAAUUCAGUCAUGACACCUAACGGCUCCCUGCUGGCCUCCCCUUUCCUGCCUUCACCUUGGUGGAAGGAAGGAGGCAGGACUCAAGGAAAGAAAUCCUUCCUUCCCUUGACCCCUUUCUGCCAGGCCUGCCUGCCCUCUUUCUCUUUCCCUGGAGGUACAGAGACAGAGCUGCUCGGAAGGGAGGAAGCCUUUGGUGGGGACACCUCCACGGCUAGGGGCUGUUUGGACUUGUGGCCCCGGCCUCCCGCCUCCUCAGCUCACUUCCUGACACCCUUACCCCUUCUUUGGGUGUGUGUGUGUGUUUUAAUUUCUUUAUGAAAAAAAAAAAAAGACAAAAAAAAAAGAAGAGAAAGGUAUUUAAACUGCAAUAAACUGGCCCAUGUGGCCCCCGCCUCAA